CUCCAACCAAAAAAUCCAUCGAUCAAGCCUGUUGAUCCAGAUCGAGAGCGGUUUACGCAACAGCUUACACACGAGAUCAAUCGUAGUCGUAGCAAAGAGCAAUCGAGGCAAACAGACAUGGGGUGCAGCAUGAGCCGGCUCGCCAAGGCGACCAUCUCCCUAGUCAUCCUUGCUCUUCUCUUCAUGCCCGGCGCCAUGGCAGCCGCCGUCGCCAGCUUCGACGCCACCCGCAGCCAACACUUACCACUCCCUCGUGGAUAUCUGCGUGGACGUGAGAGCGUCGCGUUUGACGGCGAAGGCCACGGUCCUUACAGCGGCAUCUCCGACGGCCGCAUCCUUAAGUGGAGCGGCGACAAGGUUGGAUGGACCACCUAUGCCUACGGCCCCGACUACAGCAUCGAGAAGUGCACCGCGUCCCAGUUCCGCCCGGAGACCGUCACCGAGAGCCACUGUGGCCGCCCGCUCGGCCUGCAGUUUCACCACAACUCGGGAAACCUAUACAUAGCGGACGCUUACAAGGGGCUCAUGCGGGUUGGGCCUCGCGGUGGGGAGGCGACCGUGUUGGUCAAUGACGUGGAUGGUGCACCUCUCGGCUUCACUAAUGGGGUAGAUGUCGACCAAAUUACCGGCCAAGUCUACUUCACAGAUAGUUCCAUGAACUACCAGAGGUCACAACACGAGAUGGUUACCAGAACAGGGGACUCGACGGGCCGUCUUAUGAGAUACGACCCACGGACAAAUGACGUUACCACGCUGCAGUCAGGUCUCACGUACCCGAACGGUGUCUCUAUCUCUCAUGACCGGACGCACCUCGUUGUUGCGUCUACCGGACCAUGCAAACUCCUAAGAUACUGGAUCAAAGGGUCCAAUGCUGGCAAGACCGAGCCAUUUGCCGACCUUCCAGGCUAUCCCGACAACGUGAGGCGAGAUAGGAGAGGUGGUUACUGGGUAGCAUUGCACCGCGAGAAGAAUGAGCUUCCAUUUGGCUUCGAUAGCCAUCUACUUGCCGUGAGGGUUGGACCCAACGGAAAGAUACUUGAAGAGAUGAGAGGACCCAAGAGCGUUAGGCCGACUGAGAUCAUGGAGAGGGGUAACGGCAAGUACUACAUGGGCUCCGUCGAGCUGCCGUAUGUUGGCGUAGUUACACCUAAAUAGGGGUCGAUUUAAUGUUUAGUUUUACCUUUUGUUUUUUAG